UUUUCGAAAAAUCCACAAAGUGUGAUCGGAAAUGUGAAGCAGCCGGUGACAUUAGAAUGUGAAAUAGACAGCUAUCCCGCUGCAAAAAUCACAUGGUAUCUAGGUGAUAAUCCAGUUACCAAGCCAACCGUUACCAUGGUUUCAAGAACCCUUUCCACCGUUAAAAUAGAUAGCGUUAGUUAUAGCGAUGAAGGAAGUUACAGUUGCUUAGCAACGAACACCAUGUUAAAUCAAAAUGUGCGAAGUUCAGCAGCAACACUGACUGUCCAGGGUCAGCCGGAGAUAUUGAAGUCUCCAGUGUCAUCAAGUGCGCCUUUGGGAACACCUGUGUUAUUUGAUUGUGAAGCUGCCGGAAGACCUUCCCCAACAGUCACCUGGUAUUUUACCAAGACUGGGAGUUUACCAGCGGACAGAGUCAGCUAUCCUGAUGCCAAUAAAAUGAUUCUUAGUAAUGUGGGCGGAAGCGAUAGGGGGACCUAUAUAUGUAAGGCUGAAAAUACUCAAGGCAGCAUAACAAAAUCCUCAAAACUAACCGUCCAAGUCCGUCCAAGUUUCACUGUAACACCAACAACAGUAACUGUAGUUGAAGGAGAGAAGGCUACCCUAGCAUGUCAAGCAGUUGGUAAUCCUCAACCAACCUUAUCUUGGAAGACGCCAGUGAAAGGUAAUUUUGAUCUUACAUUGGACCCAAUUUUCUAUUGUAAACAAAUCAACAAACGGUGCAUAAUCACUGCUGAUGGAACAUUAACAAUAGAGCAACCGGAGGUGAAGCAUCAUGGUCUUUAUGUAUGUACAGCUACUAAUACAGUUGGGUCGCAAUCAGUGACCGCACAACUUAACGUUCAAGGUCCUCCUGUAUUCGUUCGACCACCAGUAAGUCAGAUGGCUAAAGCCGGUGAUGCCAGUGUAACUAUACCAUGUCGGACAAUCGGUUAUCCUAAACCUACCAUUAGUUGGUACAGAUUUGCAGUAUCAAAUAAACUAACCACCAACAGCAAAUAUGAGAUCACUGCUGAAGGAGACUUGGUCAUCAAGAACAUCGUGGUUGGAGAUAAAGCGGAAUAUGUUUGUUAUGCUAACAAUGGCUAUGAAAAAAUUAGAACUGCUUCUGUGAAUGUUGUUGGUAGGUCAAGUAUAAAUUACAUUGCCAAAAUAAAUCGGAUUUCCCAUCAGCCUGGUCGGCCAACAGCACCUCAAAUAAUAAAGAUCGAAGCAAGGGAGGUAACUCUCACAUGGACAGAUGGACAAGUGUCCGAUCUACCAGUACUAAAGUAUAACCUAGAGAAAAGAGUUGGUAAAGUUGUUGGAUGGAAACCUUCGAAUAUGACGACCACAGACCAACAAUAUGUCUACAAAGCCCUUGAUUUACUUCCGUACACGUCCUAUAUUUUUCGAGUCAGUAUCACAAACGUUUUGACCACUGGUGAAAUCAGUGAAGAGUCAGUCAGAAUAGAGUCUCUAGCUGAUGGUAAGAAAGAGUAUAUUCAACGAUUAAACACGACCGUAACGCAAUCCAAGUUAAUCAUAAGGCAUUUGGGGGUCUGGGUGGUUUUGUCGAUUGGAUUAUCUUGUAUUGAGUGUCAUUCAACAAGAGUGUCGGAUAAUAAUAUAUGA